AUCUGAGGAGCGGCGGCGGAGGAGGAGGAGGAGGAGACGGAGGGGGAGGGUAGGGUUAGGGUUUAGGGGCGAUGCAGCGGCAGGGGAGGAGCCUGCAGAGGUCGGGCUCGAAGCGUGUGCUCGACCCCACCGGCGGCGGCGGCGGCGACGACGACGACCAUGCGGCCAAGCGGCCUCGCGUGCCCGCUCUCGCAAGUGUCAUUGUGGAAGCUCUUAAGGUGGAUAGUUUGCAGAAGCUUUGUUCAUCACUGGAGCCAAUUCUUCGUAGAGUUGUAAGCGAAGAGGUAGAGCGUGCUUUAGCCAAGUUGGGUCCUGCCAGAAUUCAGGGAAGGUCCUCUCCAAAAAGAAUUGAAGGACCUGAUGGGAGAAAUCUUCAGCUUAAAUUUACAACUAGAUUAUCUCUACCACUGUUUACUGGUGGAAAAGUAGAAGGUGAGCAGGGGGCAGCAAUACAUGUUGUUCUGCUAGAUGCGAACACUGGGGUUGCUGUUACUUCAGGGCCUGAAUCGUGUGCAAAACUGGAUGUUCUUGUGCUUGAGGGUGACUUCAACAACGAGGAAGAUGAGGAUUGGACGGAAGAGGAGUUUGAGAGUCACAUUGUCAAGGAGCGUGAAGGGAAGAGACCUCUUUUGACAGGUGACCUUCAGGUGACCCUUAAAGAAGGUGUUGGAACCAUAGGGGAGCUUAUUUUCACUGAUAACUCCAGCUGGAUAAGAAGCAGAAAAUUCAGGCUUGGGCUGAGGGUUGCCCCAGGGUCUUUUGAAGGUAUUCGUGUUAGGGAGGCGAAGACAGAAGCUUUUACUGUUAAGGAUCACAGAGGGGAAUUGUACAAAAAGCACUAUCCACCUGCCCUAAAGGAUGAUGUUUGGAGAUUAGAAAAGAUUGGCAAGGAUGGUGCAUUCCACAAGAAGUUAAAUGCAAGUGGGAUUUAUACAGUUGAAGAUUUUCUCCAGCUUCUUGUCAAGGAUCAGCAGAGGUUACGGAGUAUUCUUGGCAGUGGAAUGUCAAAUAAGAUGUGGGAAAGCCUUGUUGAGCAUGCAAAGACUUGUGUCUUAAGUGGAAAGCACUAUGUAUAUUAUGCUAUUGACUCAAGAAAUGUCGGUGCAAUAUUCAAUAACAUCUAUGAGUUCACUGGUUUGAUUGCUGACGACCAGUUCAUUUCAGCAGAAAAUCUCACUGACAACCAGAAGAUCUAUGCAGAUGGAUUGGUUAAGAAAGCAUAUGAGGAUUGGAUGCAUGUUGUAGAAUAUGAUGGCAAGGCACUCCUGAGCUUCAAGCAGAAAAAGAAAUCUGUCACAACAAGAAGUGACACGGCUGCAGCAGCAACAAACAGCCCUGUUUCCUAUGGUUCAUCCAACACACACAAACAAUUGUCUCAACCAGCAAAAGCAGGGCAAACUUCUACAGGCACUACAAGUGAAGAUGGAUCUACAAGUGCAUACAAUGGAAAUCAGGCAGGACGAUAUGCAGUCAAUUCUCAAAGCAUACCUGCAAACGUCACUACACAAUAUGAGCGGAGUUCACUGACACCUGAAAGCCAGUUCAAUGGUUCCGCACUGCAGAAUCAAGUUUCUAGGGGCUCCAAUAUACUGGCAUUGGGACCACCACAGCAACAACAUCAGCAAAAUUUUGAAUUCUCAGCACUAGGUGGCCAGUCCAUGCAGCCCACCGGCUUGAAUCCUUUCGAUGACUGGUCGCAACCGCAGGAGAACCGGAGUGGGGUUGACGACUACCUGAUGGAGGAGAUCAGGAUGCGGAGCCACGAGAUAUUGGAGAACGAAGAGAUGCAACAGAUGUUGCGGAUUUUGAGCAUGGGUGGCGCGUCAACCAACCUGACGGAAGACGGCUUCGCAUUUCCUAACUACAUGCCAUCAACUCCCCCCAACUUCAACUUUGGGGAUGACCGUGCCCGCCCACCUGGGAAAGCCGUCGUCGGGUGGCUCAAGAUCAAGGCAGCUAUGCGCUGGGGCAUCUUUGUCAGGAAGAAAGCUGCCGAGAGAAGAGCUCAGCUUGUUGAGCUCGAGGACUAGCAAACAUCCUAACUGCUGGUCUAACAAAGCUCCAUUGGUGUUGCUGCUGCUGCUGUUUUAAGGAUCUGAAAAAUGGGCUUAGCAGCUCCUGUUUGGAGGACGCUUCCUUGAGGCCCUGGGUUCUUAAUUAUGGACACGGAUUCUCGUCUACUCUUUUUUUGUAUAGUUGUUUCAUCAUUGUUUGUUUAGUGUGAUGCUUAGUUGAAUCCUGUACGAACCUUAACCAGAACUGUGUACAUUUAAUUGUUUCAAAAUUCACACAA